AUGCACUUGCACUACAACAAUAAGGUUGGCACCAUGCAAAAGGACAGCCUACGUUAUGUGAUUGACAGGCCUGCAUAUACUCUGCCGGACUUUGACAAACAGUUUGACAAGAAGAGCCGACAGUUUCCUUUAGGAGACAAAGUGAAGAAAAAGUUCAGAUGCUCUGCAGCCAAACUGAAGGCACUGUUAUUCAGACGCCUGCCGAUACUGAAGUGGCUUCCCAAGUACAAAGUGAAGGAAAAACUGCUUCAUGAUGUCAUCAGUGGGGUCUAUGGUGGGACCAUUCAGGUCACCCAAGGAAUGGCAUCUGCUCUUUUGGGAGAACUUCCACCUGUCAACGGUCUCUAUUCCUCUUUCUUCCCCUUGUUCCCUUAUUUGUUCUUGGGCACUAGUCACCUGAUGGUUUUAGGUACACUAGCCUUGUUUAGCGUGAUGGUCGGCUCGGUGUGUCUUCAGUUGGCCCCAGAGUCUGACUUCAGUUAUUUUAAUACCACUCUGAAUGCUACAAUAGUGGACACAGACAGGAUGUAUGAGGCCCGUAUGAGAAUAUCUGGAACCCUGAUGUGCCUCACAGGAGUCAUUCAGCUCGGCCUCAGUCUUACACAGUUUGGGUUCAUCGCCAUCUAUCUGUCAGACUCCUUAAUCAGGGGCUUCUUGACUGCUGUCGGAAUCAAGAUAUUCAUUGGGAUGUUGAAGUUCAUUUUUGGUCUUAAGGUGCCGCCUUUUAAAGAUCCAGCAGCUGAUGUCUUUACAUUAAUUCAUAUUUUAACAUCCAUUCUUGAGACCAAUGUAGCCUCCCUACUGUUUGCUGUGGUCACUAUUGUUGUGCUGGUUCCAGUGAAGUUGCUGAGUGAACGCUACCGCCAUAAGUUGCCAUUUCCAAUUCCUGUCCACAUCAUUAUUGUGAUCGUGGCCACAGCUAUUUCAGGUUCUCUCAAUCUUCCAGAGAUUUACCAUAUGGAUGUAGUGGGAGAAGUCCCUUUGGGGAUUCAAGCACCUGUGUUGCCACAAGUGAGUAUGUGGAGCGACAUGUUGGGUCCUGCCUUCUCGUUAGCAAUAUUGGGGUACGUCAGUGUCUACACUUCAGGCAGGAUGCUGUCAGCCCUGCAUGGCUAUGAUGUGGAUCCCAACCAGGAAAUGUUGGCUCUUGGCUGCAGCAAUUUCUUUGGGUCCUUCUUCCAGAGCCAAGCAGUUAGUUGUGUCUUGUCUGUCACUUUGGCGAUAGACAGUGGCGGGGGAACAUCACAGAUUGCUAACCUGUCCAUGAUGCUGAUCGUCCUGGUUACUUUGCUUUUCUUGGGAGUCUACCUGAAACCACUACCAAAAUCGGUGUUGGCAGUUAUGAUUGUCGUCACUAUGAAGAAAUUAUUCCUCCAGCUGUCUGACCCCUAUUACCUCUGGAAGAAGAACAAAUUAGACUCUUGUGUGUGGGUUAUAACAUUCCUGGCUACAUUCCUUCUUGGCAUAACAUACGGAAUAGCGAUUGGAGUCGGUUUUUCCAUGUUGGUUGUGGUAUUCAAGACCCAGUUUCGGAAUGGUUCAGCACUGGUUCAGAUCAUGGAUACAGAUAUCUACAGAAACCCCAAGAUGUACAGUCAGGGUGUUCAUGUAACAGGUGUGAAAAUUGUGACCUACUGCUCUCCGCUCUACUUUGCAAAUGCAGAAUUAUUUUUCCAGAAGGUCAUCAAGAAGACUGGAUUGGACCCUGGAAAACUUAUCAUGGCCAGACAAAAACUGUUAAAGAAACAACAGAAAGAGAAAGCAAAAGAAGAGAAGAAACAGGCGGCGGCAAGAAAAAAACAGAAGAAACACACCUCGGUGGGUCAAAUGAACACUCAGACCACAUCUCAGCUUGAGCUGCAGGAAGACGUCAAUAGGACAGAUGACGGUACCAACCAAACAGAUGCGCCCAUCAGCUACAUCAACAUGAGCUACAGUGCCUCUGAGCCAGACGAGCAGACACCCAGUCCCCCAGCAGACACACUGGAAUCCCCACCAGUGCCCUUCCACACCCUCAUCCUGGAUCUGUCAGGGGUCUGCUUCAUAGACCUCAUGGGUAUCAAAGUACUGAUAAAGAUGAACUCACACUACUCAAAGCUUGGCAUUAACCUGUACCUGGCUCACAUUCAAGCUCAGGUCUAUGAGGAUCUGGAGGCCGGAGGGGCCUUUGAUGACGGCAAUAUUGUUCGCAACAACAUCUUUCCCUCUGUGCAUGAUGCCAUUCUCUACGCUCAGCAGCAUUCUGCAGUCUCCCAAAAACCACUGGAGCAAAUAACAGAAACAGAUGAACUUGCUCUUACCAUUAAUGAUGACAACGAUGGAUUGCAGGAAUUGCUUUGAAGAGCAGCUUUUCACUUGAAGAAGAGCUGACGAGGACUCGGUAAAAAAAUACUGCACUAUCAUUUGUUAUGUAUGGAACGUAAUCAUUGUCAGAAUGUAUAUUUUGCAUGUUUGUAUUUUAUUUAUAAUAUGUUUGUCCUUGCGAGCCUCUGCUGUCAAGAGUCAGUGGCUUCAUCAGCGAGGAGCGUUACAGACCUGUUCCAGAGUGGACUCAUCAAUAAGCUGGGGGUGAAUGAGUGGGAACAUAUUUGUGGUGUGAGACCGCUGAACGU